GGGUAAGUAAGUUGUGGACUGCAGCCAUGGGAUUCCCCGCCCGCUUCCGUAGUGGAUGCGGCAAGGCAAAGAAGCCUGGGACUGGCCUAAGACUAGCCCAGCCAUCGGGCCUCAAUCUUACUCGCACUGGUGCUGAAUGAAUUGAGACGCAUAUCUCCAGUCACAUCCUUGGGCGUGCCGCACUUCAAACACAACGCUUGUGUCGACCGUCGUUAGACCCGUCGUUCAGCGCCCACGAGUCUGUGUCAUCCACAUCACAUCCGCCAUGGCAGCCAGCACGCUUGCGGCACUGGGCCUGGCCGGAACUUGCCUGCUGUUUACGUACGUCUUACUCUCUCUGGUUGCAGGGCGCCGGCGUCUGCAACACAUUCCAGGGCCGGCAUGGGCAGAAUGGACGCCGCUGUGGCUGGUGCGGCGGCAACUCGGAGGGCGGAUCUCGCGAGACCUGGCGGCGCUCAGCAAGAAAUACGGGAGCAUCUACCGCAUCGCACCCAACUGGGUCGUCGUCAGUGACCCGGCUGAAGUGCGGCGCGUGUGGGCGGCGCGCGGGCCGUGGCACCGUGGGGAGUGGUACGGCAUGUUCAAGUUCAACCAGCCCGUCCACACCAUCAUGUCGCUGACAGACAACGCGGCGCACGGCGCGCUGCGUGCUAAGUUGGUUCCGGGCUACUCGGGCCGCGACGUCGACAACCUGCACGCCGUCGUUGACCGGCGGAUUGCAGACCUGAUCGCGCUGAUCGAGCGCAAUUAUCUCUCGGCCAGGAGCGGGCCGCUGCGGCCCAUGGACCUGGCACAGAAGUCGCAGUUCCUGACGCUCGACAUCAUCUCGGAGCUGGCCGUCGGGCAGUGCUUCGAGUGCCUGGCGCACGACACCGACACGUACGGGCAGAUUGCGUUCGUGACGGGGUCGGUGCCGCUGAUGGUGGCCAUGGCGGUGGUGCCGCGCAGCUUCGGGCUGCUGCAGCACCCGGUGGUGCAGGCGGUGCUGCCACAAGACAAGAUGGCGGGCGUGAUGCGCAUGAUGGCACUGGCCCAGGCCAAGGCAGCUGAGCGGUUCGGCCCGUCCAAGAAGGUGGCGCGAGACAUGCUCGGGUCGUUUGUGGCGCACGGCGUGUCGCCGGCCAGCGCGUGGCUCGAGACGUUUGGCCAGAUCGGCGCGGGCUCCGACACGACGGCCACGGCCAUCCGCAUGACGCUGUUCCUGCUGCUCGCCGGAAGCCCAGCUAGCUACGCGGCGCUGCAGCGCGAGAUUGACGAGGCGGUGCGCGACGGCCGCGUUUCCGGCCCAAUCACCGACGACGAGGCGCGGCAGCUGCCGUACCUGCAGGCAGUCAUCCGAGAGGGCCUGCGGGUGUGGCCGCCCGUGGCCGGCUUGAUGCCCAAGGUGUGCGACACUGAGCAAGUCGUCUGCGGGAAGCGGAUUCCGGCGGGCACAAAUGUCUGCUGGGACGCCAUCUCCGUGUUGCACGACAAGUACGUGUUUGGCGACGACGCGCACUGCUUCCGGCCGGAGCGGUGGCUGGACGAGGAGGAUGCUGACAAGCGGAGGGCUAUGGAGCAGGUGCAGAUGCUGUGUUUUGGCACGUCGAGCCGGUGGGAGUGUCUGGGCAAGGCAAUUGCGCUGAUUGAGCUGAACAAGAUUUUUGUCGAGCUUCUUCGCAGAUUCGACUUUUCGCUCGUCGACCCGCUGAAACCCUUCACCACUUACGACGCCUCUCUAUCUAUCCAAUCCGACUUGUGGGUCAGGGUGCAGGCAAGGACUUGACAGGGGGAAAGAAAAGUGCGAGAUCGGGCCACCACUGGCAGGCCACUCCAUUGUGUAAUAUUUGUGAGUUUUGUGCGUUUCUCUCCUCGAUAGGAACCUAAUGGAGAAGGCCCGAGGCAGUCCUUGCUCGCCUAGUACGAAGAAGAUAGCUCCUUCUGUUCUGGGUCUGGGCUGGGCUGCCAAUAGCUGGAGAGGAGGUCCGUUGUAAUUACCAGUACCGUAACAGAAGUUGUUCCCAAUUCACAAUGAAGCAGGUGCG